AUGCCCCCCAAGAAAGACCUCGCUAGCAUUCUUUUUCACAAGAAGAAGCCGCCAGUGGCCAAGGUGCAGCCAAAGGCCGGCCCCUCACCUCAGAAACCUCGACCGCCAAAGGCCGUACCUCCCCGCGAAGAGAAGGACGACGACGACGACGACCUCCACCUUCCAGACGGACCUCAUUCAGACUACAAGCUCUUCUCUUCUGCUCUCAAUGGGUGGAAAUACGAUGUCAUGAAGUUUGACUCGCGGAAACCUGUCGACAUAGCGGCAUGGCCGCAACCUAUCAAGCUGAAUCGGAAAGACCUCAGGAAGGAUGACCCCGCAGCGAGCACAGCUGGAGUGCCGGUGAAGGCAAUGACAGGCGCAGAUGGCAAGCCCGUUCUCCAGGAUGGCAAAGUCGUGAUGGUGGAUGCGGAGGGGCGGGUCGUUCAGGAUGAAGCAAGCAAGGCAAAGGUUGCCCCGGCGAAGAAGAAGUUCCAGAAGAAGACAAGGCAGGUCUUCAUUGUUCCGGAAGAAACGAGGCUAUUAAGGAAGGAGGAGAGGUAUCCGUGGGUUAUGGAGGAUGGCAUGGGUAGAGAGACUUGGGUAGCGCAGCUGGACGACACGACAAAGGCCCAAACGCAUGCGUUUUUCAUGCCUGCAGCUAAUGAUGUCUUUAAAUUUGUCCCUGCUCACCGGUGGUACAAAUUUCAGAAGAAGUUGAAGCACGAUCUGCCUACUGAUACAGCUAAUGUCGAGGCUCAGUAUGCGAAGCAUCAGAAACGCGACCCUGGUGCUUGGCUAUCUCAGAGAACGGGACGAGCUAUAUCCACCCAAACAGCUGCGAUGUUCAAGGCAGAGGCUGAAGGGACUGCAGUUGAUGAUCCCAAUUCUUUUGUGCACGUGUCCGGGCAGAGUUUAGGUCCCGGAGGGCGCAGGCUUAAGGCCGUUGACAAUGGAAUGAGCAGCUUGUUUGGAGAUGAUGAAGACGGCGAGGGUUCUAGACGUAGACGUGAGAGGGAAUAUGGAGAAGACGGAGAUCUUGAUGAGCAGGAGUACGAAGAAGAGUUUGCGGAUGACGACGAGAAGAUGGAGGUUGAUAAUGACGAUGAAGAUGCUAAAGAGCUCGAGGAACGGUUGAAAAAAGAGUACAAGACCGCGAAUAAAACUAGAGAGGGUUACAUAGAUGAUUCAGAUGAAGAGGAGAAGCCCAAGAUGUCGAAAGAAGAGCGACGAAUGCAGAAGCUGAUACGCAAUCGUGAAGGUGGGGAUGCAGAUGAAAGUGACGACGAAAAGAAUCCGUAUGCCAGUUCUGAGUCGUCUUCGGAAGAAGAGGAGGAGAUAUCAACACAGCCUGUCUCACAACCCCCCCAACUAAACGAAACACCUGCGAAUUCACAGGCAUCUCAGACAGCAAAAUCUUCCAUGAACCAGCUACCUCUGAACGGGUCCAAGUCAGAUGUUCGGGCCACAUCACCCCCGAAUCUUAGCCUCAGCGGACAUUCCGUUGUAGCGAAACGCGCCACUAGCCCGAAGGCUCCGAAACUGAAAUCCAGUGCUGGGAGCCGUGGAGGUAGCCCCCUCGCGAGUCGGGCAACGAGUCCCGUUCCUGUCUCAAAUAGUCGUGCGACGAGUCCAGUUGCGGGAGCGGGAAGCAGAGCUGGAAGUCCUGUAAUCCAGAAUGGAAAGAAGAGGAAAGCAGAUGAAGGGGCAGCUUCGCCUCAAGGCAGCGGGCAGAUGGGCGGACCUUCCAAGUCCAAAAAACGCAAGUCCAAUGCGGGACCGGUACCCCCACUUGAAGACCGUAUGGUGAUCGAGUGGUUAAAAAAUACCCCGAACGCGUCUACGAGAGACUGUAUCCAGCACUUCACUCCAUAUCUUAGAGACGAGGGUAAAAAGGCCAAGUUUACGGCAUUGGUGAAGGAGGUGGCUCAAUUGAAGGACGGAGUGCUGGUGUUACGGGCUGCGUAUCGCAAUGGAGGAACGCCCGCCUCGCCAGUAUAA